AUGAGUGAAUGUUAUCUUUACAGGCUCCCCAAUGAGUUACUUCUCCAUCUUCUCACACUCAUACCGACACCAGAACUCCUACAGUUGACCACGAUAUCGCACCGUAUAUACACACUCAUCCUACGUAUCCUCCAUAAUCGACUUACUGCAGCUGCCGAGCUGCAUUCGCACUCGGUGCUUCUCGAAUGUUUUCACCCCUCUGCGAAGCUCACCGAGCCACCGUACUUUUGUACAUAUCGAUGCACCGAUGGCUUGAAGAAAUAUAAUGAUUACAAUUCUAGUACGGAAGAGGUUGGUAGACUAGCUGAAUACAACAACAUGUACUCGCGCUUCAAGCCCCACAGGCGCGAUUUAGAAGCGGGUGGCAGAAGAGUGAAGCGCCGACCUGGAGACGUACCUGGCAGUCGCACGUUUCCGGGGGCAGUGCAGGAGAGAUACGAAGGUGAAGCUGUCAGACAGACACUGGGACUGGAGGCGCACGAGCUGUUCACGCAGCUGGUUGCGCAGACGAACCUCGUAAAGAUUGGCUCUCACAACCUCUUCACCAACUUUGUUGACAUUGAGGAGGGUGUGCUCCGAGUGUGGAGAGAGUGGCUGCGUGACAUUGCGGCGAAGGGCCCGACAGCGAAUACAGAGGUACCAAAUGAGAUUGUUGAGGAAGUAAGCAAGGGCAAGGAGAUCGUACGAGAGGUGGAAGAAGAGAAAGCGGACUUGGAUGACCCACGUAUCCUAUGGGUCAGUCCAAGGAAGGAUAGCGGUAUACGUUUCAAUGUUAGGGAACGGAAACUUCGGAGGGACGCCCCAAUCCUUAUGAGCACAGACGAGGAUAUGCCAGUUACUUACGAAAUUGAGUACGACGAGCUCCUCAUAAGAACGUCGCAUCUCCUUUUAAUGCUCGAAAGGUCCAUGUUGCAGGAGGACAAUUCAUCUGGCAAGGCAGUUGUCUUCGGAUCUUUCGGAUAA